AUGGGCAAUGGCAGGUGGCUUGGCACUGCAUUGAGCCAACAAGUUGACCUCCAUCUCAGCCCCCUGCUCAGGGAUGGUGGACAGAUUGCCUACUGGGACAUUCUAGGUUGCUGGGUCCAUGGGGAGGAGUUAGGGGGUGGGAACAGCAACUUCUUCCCUGUGGCUUGCAAGCGGGAGGGGACUGCAGUGGCAACUGGGACCCAGGGACUAACUAGGGGAAUCUCAUCUCCACCUUCGCUCUUCAGAGAGCAGUUUUGUGCAGCUGCAAAGAUGGGUGAGCAGAGCUGGGUCCAGGUUCCCAAGAGGCAGAUGAGGAGGGGCUCUCAGGUGCUUCUGGGUUGGGUUGAACAAGCCUACACAGACAGGGGUGCAUAUGUACCAUCUGGAAAUUCCAGCCCCCACCCCUCUUCAUCUCAUGGAUGUGUUAAGUGCAAUGACCUAUUUAAGGUAAACCCCUUCCACCUACGCCAAUUCAGGGCUUAUCCAAGCACUGCCUCUCUCCCCCUCUGUCCAGGUUGCCUGCACCAUAAGCUCAAUUUGAGAGGGAUGGCCUUGGGUUGAGGGCUUGUGAUCAGAAAAACUGAAGAUGGAUGUUUUGGUCAGUGCUAAUGCGUUUUAGACACGAGUCCUCACCCUGUGCUCUGAGCCUGAGUCAUUUUUCUUCGUCCAAUCGCCCUGCCUCCACACACUUAUCCUAGCUAUGACAACAUGUGGCCUGACAGUCCCAGCCCCCUCCCAAAGGUCAUCCUGCCAUCACCAUCAGACUUGGGGGCCCAAGGGCAGUGCCUGGUGCCGCUCCCAUCAGCUGUCCCCGCUUCUCUCCCGCAGUUGGU